AUGUUGAAGGCAUGCGGGCUUAUGAGACGAGUGAGCACCACGGGUGGGGGGGGCUAUUCCCGCGGAGUUCAGGGCAAUACCCUCUUCAAUGAUGAAUAUCUGAAAAAGGCAUUCGAAAGGAUAUCCAUCGGAUCUCCAUCACAGUCGUCCGCAUCGCUAUCAUCGGCGCCAUCGUCAGUGGCCCCGCCGAGGGCAAAAAUAAACAGCGUUUUGAACUUUUUGCUGAGCUCGAAUUUGCUCCGUACCAGAUGGUCCAAGUUAGAAAUAAUUGACGAACUAUACAAACGCAGAGUUGACAAGAAGCUUUCAUUCCAUUUGAACGUUUUAUAUGGGUUGGGUUCGAAGGGGCUACACUUGAGGAGGAAGGGGAUCAUAUCGCCGGUGCUGUUUCAACCCCUGCUGGAUUACAAUCAGUUUGUUUACAUUGUGCAGGUGAUGAAAAUUGCAGACAGGGAGAGGCAAGCUGGAACGCAGAAGCAAGCCGAUUUCGUUCGGAGCUUCUUCAGAGCGUAG